AUGGGCCAGGCACACUGCUUCAUUGAAGGUCAACUCGCUGUUGUAGGCCCUGAAAAUUUGCCUACUUUGUCAUUGCGAUCUCGACUUAUUUGGAGCCGAGCAAACUACGCAGCAAUAUCCUCGCACGUUGCAGCUGUUGAUUCGGAAACAAAAUUCACUGGUCUAUAUGCAAACAAUAGCUACCAGCUCCUAGUAAACGUAUAUAAUGAAGCUAUCAAUCUAUACAUUCCAUCAAUAACUACUCCCUUCACUGAAAAACAGGAGCAACGGGUAACAACAGAUCUUAUUAAGACGGUCAAAGUUAAACGCGCCUCUUGGGCCAAGUUUAUUAAUGCAGGUCGUGAUGCGCACCAAUUACUCAAAGAAUCACAUCGCACCGCAUGCAAAAACAUUACUAAAAUGGUAAAAUCUGCCAGGCUUAAUUACAAAGAAAGACUCUCCAGUGAGUUCCAAUACAACUCAAAACGCUUGCAUGCACAUGUACAAAGCAAACAGAGCGUUAGGAACACUAUUACAUUGCUAGAAACAGCUAAUAGCAGCAUCACUACCGAUACCGGCGAUAUAUGCUUAUUGUUGAAUAACUAUUUUCAUUCGGUUUUUGUUUUAGAGUCCGAAGGUCCAUUGCAAGCUUUCGAAAGUCGUACUGAAACAAUUUGUGUUGUCGACCCAGCAAGUUUUUCUAUCGAUAUAGUACAAAAGUGCCUCUACCACCUUGAUGAAAGAAAAUUAACCGGCUACGAUGGUGUACAUCCACGGGUCCUUAGUAAAUGUGCAACUAACUUCGCCAAACCACUUUCACUUAUCUAUAAGUACUCGUUCGCGACUGGUGUACUUCCUGACUUGUGGAGAAAAUUGAAUGUAAAACCGAUUUUCAAUGAAUCAAGAUGA